UCUUCUGCAUGCGUUUCCUCUUCUCUUCUCUCCUGAACCGAUUCCUGCUUUACCAGUCAUUUUCCUUUGGAAAAAAUCAAACUUUUUUUUUGUUUUUGUUAACUGUCUAAAAGGGAACUGAGGGGAGGGAGAGAGGAGAGAGGCAAGCAAAAGCAGAUGAGAAGGAAAGAGGAAGAGAGCCUAUUAAAUACAGCCGGAGUCCCUUCUUCAGCCAAAGAGAGAAAGAGAGAGAGAGAAGAGAGCAAGCAAGCCACCGCACUGUUGCUUAAUGUGUCUGUUUUAAGUUGUAAGUUUGGUAAGCACCGUGGGAGAUGCAAGGAAUGGAUAUUGAAGACAAGUCAUCCAAAAUGUAUUGCAUGAAAGGCAAGCACGUGGCCAUCAUUUGUGGAGUGGUAACUGCUGUGGCCUUAAUUUUGGGACUCGGAUUAGGUUUAGGAUUAAAACCUGAGGCCUGCUAUCCUUCAGAAGACAAUGGGCAAGUGUCAACAAAACCACCCACAUCCACUGCUCCAGAGGUCACACAUCCUUCAGAGACCAGUGUGUUUUGCAGUGCCAAAAAUGAUGAAAACGGACCCUGGAUGAAUUUCAGGCUGCCCAACUAUUUUUACCCAGUUCAUUACGACUUAGACUUGAUUCCUGAGAUGGAAGCUGAGGUGUACACUGGAAUGGUAAAUAUCACCAUCAGCUUGAAGGAACAGACAACCAGGCAUUUGUGGCUUCACCUGAGAGAAACAAAGAUCACGGAAAUACCUGAGCUCAGGACAUUCUCAGGCCAGGUCAUUGGGAUAAAGCAUUGUUUUGGAUAUGAACCACAUGAAUAUGUGGUGAUAGAGGCAGAAGAAGACUUGCAUCCUAACAACUAUUUCCUGAGUAUGAAGUUCAAAGGCUAUUUGAAUGGUUCCCUGGUUGGAUUUUAUAGAACAAGCUAUGAGGAGAAUGGAAAGACCAAAUACAUAGCAGCAACUGAUCAUGAGCCAACAGAUGCACGAAAAUCAUUUCCUUGCUUUGAUGAACCUAACAAAAAAGCAACAUAUAAUAUAUCUAUUACUCAUGAACAUGACUAUGAAGCCCUAUCAAACAUGCCAGUUGAGAAAACAGUUUCAUUAGAUAACAAAUGGACAAAGACAAUAUUCAUGAAAUCUGUGCCAAUGAGUACUUACUUGGUGGCUUGGGCUGUGCACCAGUUUAAAUAUGAAGAAAGAAAUUCAUCUCGUGGAAUUCCGCUCCGCAUUUAUGCCCAACCACUCCAGAUAAAAACAGCCAUCUAUGCAGCAGACGUAACCAAAGAUGUAUUUGAUUACUUUGAAGACUAUUUCAACAUGAGCUAUUCUCUUCCAAAACUGGACAAAAUAGCAAUUCCAGAUUUUGGCACCGGGGCCAUGGAGAACUGGGGGCUGAUCACUUAUAGAGAAACUAAUCUCCUUUACGAUUCACAAGAAUCUGCUGCUUCAAACAAGCAAAGAGUGGCAGCUGUGGUUGCACAUGAACUUGUCCAUCAGUGGUUUGGAAAUAUUGUGACCAUGGAUUGGUGGGAUGACUUAUGGCUAAACGAAGGAUUUGCCAGUUUCUUUGAGUUUAUGGGUGUAAAUGCUAAAGAAAAAAAUUGGCAAAUGCUGGAACAAAUUUUAAUUGAUGACCUACUCCCAGUGCUGAAGGAUGAUUCUUUGGUUUCAUCUCACCCUAUUACCGUGAAUGUGUCUUCUCCUGAUGAAAUAACUUCUGUGUUUGAUGGCAUAUCGUACAGCAAAGGAGCGUCAAUUCUCAGAAUGCUUCAAGAUUGGAUCUCACCAGAACUCUUCAAAGCUGGAUGUCAGAAAUACCUAACACAACAUCAUUUUAAAAAUGCAAAAACAGACGAUUUCUGGAACGCAAUGGAAGAGGUAAGUGGGAAACCUGUGAAAGAAGUGAUGGACACAUGGACCAGGCAGAUGGGUUAUCCUGUGUUGAAAGUUAAUUCAAGCUCAACAGUCACACAGCAACGUUUUCUAUUGGAUCCCAAAGCAGAUCCCUCCAAGCCAUCUUCUCCAUUUAGUUACAAGUGGAAUAUUCCAGUGAAGUGGGAAGAGGGGAAUACAUCAAAUAUAACAUUCUACAAAAUAUCAGAAUCAGCAGGAAUUACUAUUCCACGACCCACUGAUCUUCCUGCCGGUUCUUUCUUGAAAGUAAACAAGGAUCAUGUUGGUUUUUAUCGUGUCAAUUAUGAACCCCAAGUCUGGCGUGAUUUAGCUGGUAUUAUGAUAAAAGACCAUCAGAAUUUUAGUCUAGCUGAUCGUGCUGGUUUUAUAGAUGAUGCUUUUGCAUUGGCCAGAGCUGGACUUCUGAAGUAUGCUGAUGCAUUGAACCUUACAAAAUAUCUGCUACAUGAGAAAGAAUAUAUACCAUGGCAAAGGGCUGUAGUAGCGGUAUCAUAUAUUGGACAAAUGAUUGAAGAUGAUAAGACACUCUAUCCCAAAUUUCAGAGGUAUUUUGGUAGCCUGGUCAAGCCCAUCGCAAGUGAACUGAAAUGGGAGACUGAUGAUGACCAUAUCAAGAGCCUCCUUCGUACAACUGUUUUGGAAUUUGCAUGCAAUAUGGACGACCCAGAGGCUUUAGCAAAUGCUUCUUCCCAGUUUAAGACUUGGAUAACUGGAACAAGACUAGAUGUAAAUAUCCGUCUCCUGGUGUACCGUUUUGGGAUGCAGCACUCAGGUGAUGAGGAAGCCUGGAAUUAUAUGUUUGAGAAAUACACAACUGCAACAUUAGCUCAAGAAAAGGAGAAGCUUCUCUAUGGCCUGGCAUCAGUGAAAAAUAUAACUCUGCUGAACAGAUUCUUAAAUUGCAUCAAAAAUACAACCCUCAUAAGAAGUCAAGAUGUAUUCACUGUCUUGAGAUACAUCUCCUUUAAUAGUUACGGCAAAACCAUGGUUUGGGACUGGGUACGGCUCAACUGGGAAUAUUUGGUCAAAAGAUACACUCUUAAUGAUAGAAAUCUUGGCCGCCUAAUAUCAAGAAUAACAGGCACAUUUAACACAGAGCUCCAGCUUUGGCAGAUGGAAAAUUUCUUUGAGAGAUAUCCUGAUGCUGGAGCAGGAGAAGCCUCAAGAAAGCAAGCUUUGGAAACCACAAAGAGCAACAUCGAAUGGCUAAAACAAUACCGAGAUGACAUAGCAACCUGGCUUGAAAAUUCAGAGCAGCCAAACUUUGUAUAAUUGUGUCUCAGUCCUCAUGAAAAUUCUUAGGAUUUUUUUUUUUUAUCACACCAACAUGGUAAUUUGCAGAAAUACUACAUUUAGAUUUUGACAGAUCUAUCAACUUUGAAAUACCUUAAUUUAUUGACAUAUAUAUUGAAAAUAGCCAGCAAGUCACUCUUAAAUGUUCCUAUAAAUGUUUCUAAUCUCCUAGAAUAUUUGUUCACAUUUUAACUGGACAAAAUGUAAAAUUAUCAUUUGCACAAACAUAAUUAUAGGAUCUCUAUUACCUUUACGAGCAUUACUGACGUUUGUACUUAACCACAUAUUCACCACUCUGGAAACACAUCUUUUAUACAAAAAUAUUUAUUAUUCCGUGUGUGAAGGAAGCCCUUCCAAAUAAAACUUCACAGAGUCCAUUCCAAAGGGAGGGCUUUGCCUCUAUUCAGAAAAAAACUAGAUAAUAUGUAUAUAUUCUGUUAGGAAAUAAAAGCACAAGCCAACGUUGGCAGGGAGGAGGGGAGAAAUCACAAAAUUUUGAGAGACAGAAGACAGACAGACUGACUGAUUGACUGACUGACUGACCGACUGACUAAGUUAUUAUUCUAAAGUGACUUUGAGAAACCCAUAGCUUUGAUAAAGAUUAUAUUUAUGGCAAGAGGAAAAUGCAUAUUCAGAAAUUUCAGGUCAAGAAUCUUUGGUAGCAGCGUGAUGUAAGAAUUCUCAUCUUGAACCCUGAAAAGCUGUUAUCACUCAAAAGAGGAGUCAGCAACAUUUCAAUUGGCGGGUACUGCUGUUUGGCCUUGUGUUAUAGCAUUGGCACCUAUUUUUUAAUUUCUUUUUUAACGUCCGGCUCUCACCUGCAUGUAUCAUAUAAUCUUAUAAGCAAAUACUAAAAUCUCUCACACAUUUGGACAAGCCAUUGGAGAUUGGAUUUUAACAAUGAAAAAGGCUAUGAUACAAUUUUAUAAACAAAUAAUUUAAUCUUUCUGAAAUGGGCACUUUAUACAGUAGCUGAGCACUGCUGAGAAAAACAGCUAGAAAUUAAUUAGUCCAAAACCAAGGCACAAGUCCUGACACCAAACAAUCACCCAGUAGAGAAAAUUAAGACCUUGAAAUAUCUGGAUAUUGUUUUCCAUUGAGACAGGCAACCAUAGAUCCCAUGCCAGCUUUAAGUCCCAUUGUGUCAGCUUAAAUGCACAAAAACAGCAUCAACUUUACAAUCUUUCCACUUCUCCAAAGGAGCUCAAAUAUACCUGCAGCAAUUAAAGUUUUCUCGGCUAAGAUCUGAGCCCAGCGCCUCUUUCGAGUUCAGCUGGGCACCUACAGGUUAUUCCUUUCUCUUGAAAGAGUUUGGAUCUAGCUUCUGAGAUCUACUUCAUUCCAAAUGGGGUAUUUUUGCUGUGGAGCUGGCCUACUUAAAAUAGAAAACUUGUGGGUCAAACUUGCUUCCCACCCCCCUGCUGAUUUGGCCCCUUUAAUCAUGACUUUCACUUUUCCUGGUGCCACACAAUACUUACUCAAUUGCAAUCCCAUGGCUUUACAGCGGCAGCUCUCACCCUGAAGUGCAUUAGCUGAUCUUAAACAAUAGGCCAUCAAAUCAGAGCUGCAAUCAGAUUCAUCCGUUUUGAAUCAGGAAAAAACUUUUUGAGCUACAAUAUUCUGCAAAUUUCUCUGACCAGUCAGAUACCUAAGCUUCAUAACAGUUCCAAAAUUUAGAAAGGCUUAUCCUUGACUAAAUUUAAUGCCCUGCUCCUAAGAGCUGUUACUGAAGGAAGAUCUAAAACAUCCUUUUGUAUCCAUGAGGUGGAGGAAUAGUUGAGGCAAUGGAACAUGUCCUUUUACAUUGUCCUUUCUAUGCAGGAAAAAUCUCCGUUCUUCACUAAACAUCCUGGUUGUUCUAUCAUUCUUAAGUUGUUACUAUCUGAUCAGUCUGAUUUUACUUCACUGACCACAGCCAAGAACUGCUCUAUAGUUGGUAGAGUACACUGUGGUAUCUCCUCUCUUCUUUUAAAUAUUUCAGAAUGUUAUGUCUUCCUCUUUUACUUUAAUUAAUUGUGAUGUUUUGUUUUAUUUGAUGUUCUGUGACUAAAUAAAUAUUGAUUGAUUGAUAA